ACGGGCGGUUGUUUACUAGCUGGACUGAGAGAUGGCGGCGCUGGGAGCGGCAGAGGAGAGGUAACCGGGGUACCCGUGACAGGUCAUCGGCGGUAGCUGGGGCUACGGGGCGGGUGCAGUGACUAAGCAUGGCCUUGGCUCCAACUGGCCUAAAUGCAGCUGGUGCAGGAGACCCCCUCCGGAGGAUGCAUGUAACAAGACCUAAGUCUGCCAAAGGCCGCACCAGGACCAUCCCACAGAGCUUCUCUCACAAUGUGGAGGAGGCUUAUCCAAUCUGCACUUCGCCCUCACCAAGAGUAUCGUCCGUAAGGUCCUUGCCUUCUCCUAGGUUAGAACAGGAUGAUAUACAGGAAAUUCUGAACCAAAUUCCAUGCAGACCUCCGUCUUCUAGCUUGAACCGUUACAGAGUGCUUCCGUCCAUCGGCGCAUCUGGGGGUGGGAACUGUACAGACAGAGAUCUGGUUACCAAAACCAGUUCCAUGAAGCUGUCCCCCGGGUUGCACGAGCGGCAAACCAAAUCUCUAUACCGAGAUCAGAGCCAGCCUGCUGCUAGCAGGGGAGAGACGGGCACCGGUCAACGGCCGGCCAGAACGGAGGACGCACCGUUACCUGCAAAACUGAAGGAGCCCUCUGAUCAAGAGCCCAGGCUUCUUCUGGCCAUCCGAUGCCACUGCGGUAAGAGGUUUGAACAAUACUUCCGCCGCUCAGACACGCUGCACAGCAUCCUAGCUGCGGCGGAAGAGAAGACGGGUGUACCGUGUAAAGACUGCAGUGUGGAGACAAUGGAAGUGCCUAGAAGGAGGUUCCCCGACCUCAGCCAGACUCUGCAGCAGUGCGGGAUCCCCAACAAGUCCGUUCUGUGUAUCCAUCAGGUGGAGAGAGACUGAUUCGGCGAUGCGGUCUUGUGAUAGGUAAUACCUGUGUCUAUCACCGAGGAGUAUACAUUACUAUAUGCCAGUCCAUAAUACCCUGUCAUGAUAAUUAACCGUAUUAAAGGCGUUUUGAUGUGACCAUGAAUCAGUAGGUUCUACUCUCAGCAAAUGGUAUUAUUUCCCAAUGAGCAUAAUCCUCUGCACUUAGCAUGUGUAUGUUUCUUCAGACUGUUCCGUCCGUCUUAUAUUUUGGACCCUGCACGAGACCUCGGUAUGAAAUAUAUAAGAAAAGCUGAUUAAAUAAUUAAUUUGUACACAGUAUCUCAUAUUUAUCCGAUAACUUUUCACUUGAUGUAAGUGCCUAAUGCUUGAUUCAGUGCAAAUGUUUCAGGCGCUCCCAUCUCAGUAUUCAGCCGUGUAUCCGGCGGGAAACCUCCCGUCUACACUUUCCCCCAAGGUGCGGUCUGCGUCUGGCGUAGCACGGGGAAGGGUCCCCCUGGCUGCCGGCGCAAUCCCGGUCUAUGUAAUAGACCGUUGUCACAGAUCUUCUACUCUGGGGAGCCAUUUUCAUGUUCUGCUCUCAGAAUCAGUGUGCUGUGAGAUCUUUUUUGUAAUCUUUCUAUUCAAACAAGUUGCACUAAAAUAAUAAAGGCUGCUUGGAAGAUUAA